CCUUCUUUCACUUUGCUGGGAAACUAGACCUGAGGAAGUACUUCUGAGCAGGGCAGUGAGGGUUAAGUGACUUUCCCAGGGUCACACAGCUAAGUUUCACCAUGGAAAUCCCUUGUGGUCUUCUCACCCGCUCCAAGAAGCCAGUGCCUCUUAAGAGCAUCUCAGUGGCUGUGUCUAUCCAUGAGUUUGUGGCAGAUGUGUCUGCAACCCUGGACUACAAGAAUGAGGAAACUGAUCCUGUGGAAGCAUUCUUUGUGUUCCCCAUGGAUGAAGACUCUGCUGUUUAUAGCUUCCAGGCCCUGGUGGAUGGGAAGAGGAUAGUGGCAGAAAUACAAGAGAAGCAGCAGGCCCAGGAAGAUUAUGAGAAUGCCAUCUCCCAAGGCCAGCAAGCCUUCCUUCUGGAGCAGGAUAGCAGUUCUGGUGACAUCUUCAGCUGCAGUCUAGGAAAUUUACCAGCUGGCCAGAAGGCUGCUGUCACUCUGAGCUAUGUUCAGGAACUGUCCCUUGAGGCAGAUGGGGCUGUUCGUUUUGUCCUUCCAGCCAUCUUGAAUCCACGCUAUCCCCUCCAAGGGUCAGCUGUGGCAUGCAACAUCACCUCUGAAAUCCCCCGGGUUGCUGGCAAGGAGCUGCCCUAUACAUUUAGUGUCACUGCCAAUGUCUGCUCUGCCCAUGGCAUUGAGAAGGUCCAGUCCAACUGUCCUCUGAGUCCCCUGCAGUACUUAGAAGAUGACAAGUCAGUUGCCCAGGUUUCCUUGGCUGAAGGGCAUCAUUUUGAUCGGGAUGUUGAGAUUCUGGUUUACUACAGGGAGGUGAACACACCCAGUGUCUCUGUGGAGCUGGCCCAGGCUGAUGCCAAACCAGGUUCCCUCAUGGGAGAUUCAGCUAUGAUGGUGAGCUUCUACCCUAGCAUCCCUGAGUCUCAGGGAGAGAUCACUGGCGAAUUUAUCUUCCUCAUGGACCGCUCAGGGAGCAUGUCUUCCCCAGUGCAUAGCAAAGGAGAAGGCCAGUUGCGCAUAGAUAGUGCCAAGGAAACUCUGCUCUUGCUGCUGAAGAGUUUACCCCUUGGAUGUUUUUUCAAUAUCUAUGGAUUUGGAUCCUCCUUUGAGUCAUUCUUUCCAGAGAGUGUGGCAUAUACACAGCAGUCCAUGGAGGAGGCCAUGAAGAGAGUAAAGAAUCUAGAAGCUAACCUGGGAGGGACUGAAAUCUUAGAGCCACUGAAGAACAUUUAUAGCAAAGUCUGCAGGCCAGGCUACCCUCGGCAGCUCUUUGUCUUCACAGAUGGAGAAGUUUCUAAUACCUGGCAGGUCAUUGCUGAAGUUCAACGCCACAACAAGGAUCACAGGUGUUUCUCCUUUGGAAUUGGAGAAGGGGCUUCCACCAGCCUUAUUAAAGGCAUUGCUCGGGCAGCUGGGGGCACUGCAGAAUUCAUCACGGGCAAGGACAGAAUGCAGCCCAAGGCCCUCAGGUCCCUAAAGCGAGCCCUGCAGCCGGUGGUACAGGACAUCUCCCUGGCCUGGACUCUGCCCCCUGGGCUGGAGGCUACCUUGCUCUCUCCAGCUCCUACUGUCAUCUUCCAGGGUCAGAGGUUAAUCAUCUAUGCCCAGUUGAAAGGGAAAAAUGCAUCCAAAGAGGCAGCAGGUGAGGUCUGCCUUCAAUAUACCCUCCAAGGUGCUGGCUUCCAGAACACAGUGCCAUUCUGCCUGGAUCCCAAAGCAGAUGACAAACUCACCAUUCACCGCCUAGCUGCCAAGGCCCUGAUCCAGACUCUUGAUGGAAACUUAGAGGAUGGUGCAGAAGAGAAGAAAAAAGUGGUAGAUAUCAGCCUUCAGUCGGGUGUUAUCUCUUCUCACACUGCCUACAUUGCUAUCAAUAAGGAGCUCAACCAGCCCAUUCAGGGGCCCCUCACCAGGAGAGAUAUUCCAUUGCCUUUUCCAUAUUUGGGGGCCCCAUCCUUCACACAUUCUCUAAGAGGUGGUGGAUCUCCUUGCCAACUCUUUUCUGUUGGUGAACCUCGCAUAGCCUUUGGCUCACCAUGCUCUGCUGGUGGAGGAAUUUUCAAAAGUACCAGCUCUCUCUUCAAAAAAAAGAGGGCUGUCAAGUCUGCUGUUCCACAGUCAUGUCAUGUACAAAUGGCAUUUCCCGAAGAAUGUUGCAUGGAUUUCUGUGAGAUAGACUCUGGACUUUGCUACACAUCCCCUCCAGAGUCUCCACUUCUGAAGCUGAUUUCCCUCCAGAAGGCAGAUGGUUCCUGGGAACUAGAUGAAGCCUUGGCCUCACUUCUGGGUGUGAGUGUUCAGACUGCAUUGGCUGCUUUGCCUGACCAGAGCAAAGACAUCCCAUACUGGGCCACUAUCUUGGCUGUGCUGUGGAUGCACAAGUCCAGUUGGGACCAGAGAGAAGAAUGGGAACUUCUGGAGAGGAAGGCUGUGGCAUGGAUCCAGUCUCAGUCUGAUUCUUCCCUGGGUGAAUGCAUCAAAGCAGCCAACGCUCUCCUGAAAUCAUCUGUGGAUCUUGCUGUCUUUGGCCUGUGAGAGUAGAAAUGAAAGUGUUUAUCUUUGGCUGCUGCUCCUUACCCUCUAUGCUGCUAAAGCCUGUUGAUGUGCCUUCCUUCCCUGUUAUGACUCAUUCCCCAUAGGAACUCAUCAAUUGGAUUCCAUUUGGUUCAAUUCAAGUAUUUAUUAAGGACCCUACCGUGAGUUGGGCAUGUGGUAGGAGCUAAUGCUACAAAGACAAAAGAGAUAGUCUUCUUACACAAGCAGCUUGCAUUCUACUGGGGAAAGUAGCAAGCUCACAAAUCACUCAAUUCCAAAAUAUGUACAAAAUAAAUAAAACUAAAUUUAGAGAGGAACAAAGAAGGAACAACUGGGAGAAUCAAGAAAGGCCUCUUUCAGUUCCACAAACAUUUCUGUGCUAGAUCAUUCUUUGUAGUUUCCAGAAUCUGUCACUGCAUAAAAUCCAUGAAGUUCAGGGCUAGGGAAAGCAGAUAUUGCUCUAGCUUUUCCCCUUCCCCCCUUUCAACCAUCUCACGACUUAUUAAGGACAGAACAGUUCCCUUGUCUUUUGAACAGGGAGGGAGAUGCUAGUUUGAAGUGUCUUAAUCUGUGUGUAGGUAGGGAGGAGAGAAUGAAAAUUAACAUGAAGGUAGAGCAUGCAUGACUUGUAUAGCAGAGCUAGAAUUAAUUGUGUUAGAUGACUUCAAAAAAUUCUUCUAACACUUUAUUUUUUUACCCAGCCCAAGCUAGUGAGCUUCUAAGGACCCCAAACCUAGGGAGCUAGAGGUGGAAGGCAGGUAUUAGGUUUAACCCAUUCCAUGCCUGGGGGAAGGGUUGGGAAGAGAUACCUAAACUGCCCUGGACCAUUGUGUUUCUUGUGGUGUCUUUAUCUCCUCUCUUCCCACAAGCACUGAUGAGCUCCCCAUGCCACCUAUGGGAGCUAUUGGAGACAUGGAUACUUCCCUGUGGUCAUGGGGUGGAAUCCUUUGACCAUGGGCUGCAUGCCCUUUGCUUUUAUGCCCUAUUCUCUGCUGAAAAACAAUAGUGGGGCAGCUAGGUGGUACAGUGAGUAGAGCACCGGCCCUGGAGUCAGGAAGACCUGAGUUCAAACCUGACCUCCGACACUUGACACUUACUAGCUGUGUGACCUUGGGCAAGUCACUUAACCCCAACUGCCUCACAAAAAAAAGAAAAAGAAAAACAAUAGUAAUAGUAGAGAAAUCCAAGGUAGAAAUAACACACAUCUCUCUGAGAUGAAGGAAAUAGCUUCUUUAUGUUGCAAUCUGCCCCUUGUAUCCACACUUGCUUUAUCAUGGGUACUUAAACUUUUCAGAAUCAUGUUAUUUCCUGCAAAUAUCCUAGUAAGAAGAUUAAAAUGACUUGCCUAUUAA